GGAGGGAACAGACCAGACUGGAGCCCUUCCCCUUCCCCAGGGCUUCAGAGGGAUGGAUGGGUGAGUUGAGGGUGUCCACUCUGCUUUCUUGGAAGCAUUUCAUCUGUCUGUAAUUCUAGCACUUAGGUAAGAUGCUCAGGGCCAGCCUGAACCGCAUAGCAAAUUCCAGGCCUGAGCUAGGCUAAACAGUCAGACCUUAUUUUUUUUUUAAAAAGCAUAUUAACGCCGGGCGGUGGUGGCGCACGCCUUUAAUCCCAGCACUCGGGAGGCAGAGGCAGGCGGAUCUCUGUGAGUUCGAGACCAGCCUGGUCUACAAGAGCUAGUUCCAGGACAGGCUCCAAAGCUACAGAGAAACCCUGUCUCGAAAAAAACCAAAAAAAAAAAAAAAGCAUAUUAACAAAUUUUAUCACCACUAUAUUGCCACAUAAGGGUAAUUUCUGUUUUAUUCAAGGACUUGUUCAUGGCCUUUUCUGAAUUCAAUUUCUCAGUGAGUUCUUUCUAGAAGCAAUGGCACUUUAUAAGCACAAAGCCAUUGAACUCCUUACAGCGACCCUGUGAAAGUGGGUGUUUUCAUCUUAUCCAUUUUACAGAGGAGGAAGCUGAGGCACAGAGAACUUAAUUUACCUGCCCCAAAUUACAUAGUUAGAGGGAGCUAAGCUUUGCAAUCCAGGUAGUUGGGCAACAGUUGGUUCUUUGUUCUGGGAAAAUCUCCUAUGUUGAAUACUACAUCCAAUAGAACUUUGUCAGAUGUCAGAAAUAGUCUUUAACAAUCUCUGCUGGCUGGAGGGUCACCAUGGGCUACAUGUAGCCAUUGAGCACUUAAAAUAUGACUAGUACUGAUCCAUUGGUGAUCUUACUGUAGUGGGUAGCACAGACCUAGAAUCCAGACUCUAGCUGGGGGUGUGGUUCAGUGGUAGAGUACCUGCUUAGCAUGGGCAAAGCCCUAGUCUGGUUCAGUCUCUAGACUCAGACAGUUCUGUCCUGCCACUCUGACAAACCCUUCCCAUACUCGAGCAAUUGCAUGCACUAAGGCUUCAACCUUUGUCAUCUCAGAUAUGCCAAAAAAACAAGCUGGUAGGGCAAAGGAUUAUUUUAUUUUGCUUUGAUGUUCUGGGCAUGGAACCCUGGGCCUCAUGCAUGUUAGACAAAUGCCCUCACCACUAAGCUAUGCUCCUAGCCCUAGGAUCAUUGGGUAUUUAUCUCAAAGAAACUGUGAAUUAUUUGCUUUGUUCCAGCCACAUACAGGCAGAGCUGGACUUCUGAGCUUCUUGUUUGGUGGUGUCUUAAAAUCUAGAAUCGGUGUUUGGUGUUAAAUUACAGGAUGGACACAGCAGAAUUAGAGGAAAAGUGAAGGACCUGGUCUUGCAAAACUUGACAUUUCUGGGAGCUUUUAAAAGACAAAGAACUCAGCUAAACAUGGUGGUACACACCUUUAAUUCCAGCACUCUGGAGACAGAGGCAGGUGGCUCUCUGAGUUCAAGGCCAACCUGGUGUAUGUAAUGAGUUCUAGGAUAGCCAAGGCUGCAUGAAGAGAUCCUGUCUCAAGAAAUAAAAAUGGGAGUCAGAGAACUGAGCUGCGAGGUGUAGUUGAGUGAAAUUCAAACUCCUUGACUCUGAGGAGUGAAACACAUCUAAACUGGCAGAAUUAAUGCAGGGUACAGGGACUGGCUUUCUUCCGCGGUUCCUCUACCUACAGUUUCCAGGCUCCUGCCUAGAUGUAUAUUUUAGACUUGGCCAGAUCCACCGUCCCAUCUGUAAGCCAUGUAAAGACACUUGAGAAUUUUCAAAGGACAGGGUGGGGAUGUCAAAAGUCCAUCUCUUGCUGGGUGGUGGUGGCCCACGCCUUUAAUCCCAGCACUCAGGAGGCAGAGACAGGCAGAUCUCUGUGAGUUCGAGGCCAGCCUGAUCUACAGAGUGAGUUCCAGGACAGGCUCCAAAGAUACAGAGAAACCCUGUCUUGAAAAAUCACAAAAAAGUUCAUCUCUUCCUUGAACAAGAAGGAAAUUGAGGUACAGCAGAUAGGUUGGUGACUGACUGAAGCCAUAUCUCAGAGAGAGGCAGAGGAAUGGCACGUGGGGCUUUUUGCCUUUGGUAAAGAUUGCUGGUGAUUCAGCUUUUCCACCUGAUUUGGUUUGUAAUGUCUUAGGGAUGACUGGAAGGUAGAGCCAGCUCUAAGGAUGUCUUUAUCUGUAGAAAGCAAUCUCUGGGAGCUCCAGCUGUGACCCCUUUUUCUGUGUUACCCCAGCACAGGCCUGCAUAUCAUGCACACAUUUCUUAUCUGGCGUCUGAGCCAGACACUCCCAAGGAUGAGACCAAGUACCUAACAGCCAAAUUCACUUAUGACCAAAAUAUUUACACACACACACACACACACACACACACACACACAUACACACACAAAGAAAAAAAAUCAGUGUGUCACCUCCCAGAGGGAGCUGACCCAAACUCUAGGGUGUGAGGAAGUAGAGUCGGCUUUGCUUUGGCUUUAUCUAAGGGGAGGAGAGAGUUAUGGCCUGUUUAGGGAACACAUGAAGAUGGGGGGGAUAAGGAGUAGCUGAAAUUAUCUUAAGAACUUUGCAAAGUAAGGAUGUUCCAAAUCAGGCUCAGGUUAGGGCAGUGGUCCUGCGUGGCAGUUGUUUUAGUAGGUUCUUCCCCUUUUGCCAAGUAAGCCAGAAGGGGAGGAUACCAGGUUGGAGGCGGGGCAGCGGUCAGAUUCUGGUUCCACCCAUCUGUCAAGGAACAGCUGGACUCUGCAGUUUGAAGUUGGGGCGGGAGAGUGUGGGGUGCUAGAAUCGUACGUAGGUAAGGAGGAACCGAGUUUCUUGGAUGGCGGGACUGCUCUAUCCAAGAUCAGCUAUAGAUACCAGGGUGACGUGGGGAUGGGGAGGAUCACCGUGGUCAAGGAUCUAUUGUCUUUCAGGGUUGUUCUAGAAGGCUUGCCUUGAGUAAGGAAAAAGAAAGCGACAGAGUCUCAAGGCAGGUCCUAGCUCUGCUGUCAGGGUUCUAAUUCUGAAUGUUAAUAUUGAGGUGAAUGUGUGUGACUGGAGUGUUCCCUUUCUAGCCGUAGGGAUGUGCGGAUCACGGUCUAGGGCGGCUGCUGGAGGCGUCUGGAAGCUUGACCUGUGUGCGUGAGCCCUAGCGCUCCAGGCAGCUCCCAAGAGCUUCCAAGUCAGCUCCUCAGCGCCCAGAGCAUUUCGCUCGAGGCGCUCGACGCUCUUCAGGUUGCCCUGGGUGCGCCCGGAGGGGCGGAGCAGAGCACGCUCGGUGGUAGCAGCGCGCGGCGCUCCGCUGCUCUCGCCUGGGGCGGCCGCCCCGCGUGCGCCGGAGCCAAGAUGGCCGCCUCCACCGCCCAGUGCCGAGUGACAAAAGCGGAGAGCAAGGCGGCGGCGGGGCCGCGCGCGGGGGGUGCCCGGGAGCGCGCGACCACGGGGGCGCCCUCGCCAAGUCCCCCGAGUCCAGACCCGGUGGUUCUCCCGGCGCCGCCGCCUCCGCCCCCGCCUCCGCCGCCACCGCCGCCGUCGCGGGACGGGCCCAAGGCCGAGCCGGAGCAGGGUCCCGGGCCCGUGCCCGUGCCCGCGCCCGCGCCGGGCCUUUGUUCUGAGGAAAACACAAUGGUGGCCAUGGACUUGGGGUCUCCCUUACUCCCAAAGAAGAGCCUGCCUGUCUCUGGGGCCCUGGAGCAGGUGGCCAGUCGACUGAGCAGCAAAGUGGCUGCAGAGGUUCCUCAUGGCAGCAAACAGGAGCUGCCAGACCUCAAGGCCCAGAGCCUGACCACCUGUGAGGUCUGCGGUGCCUGCUUUGAGACACGAAAGGGCCUGUCCAGCCAUGCACGUUCCCAUCUGCGGCAGCUGGGGGUCGCAGAGUCAGAAAGCAGUGGUGCUCCCAUCGACCUUCUCUACGAGCUGGUGAAGCAGAAGGGCCUGUCUGACGCUCCCCUGGGGCUGCCCCCUAGCCUGACCAAGAAGUCCAGCUCACCAAAGGAGUUGGUUGCUGGGGCUGCCAGGCCUGGCCUGCUCACCCUGGCCAAACCUGUGGAUGCCCCUGCUGUCAACAAAGCCAUCAAGUCACCUCCUAGCUUCUCAGCCAAGGGCCUGGCCCACCCAUCCAGCUCUCCACUCCUCAAGAAGGCCCCACUCACUCUGGCAGGAUCUCCUACACCCAAGAAUCCUGAAGACAAGAGCCCCCAGCUAUCCCUGAGUCCCCGGCCGACCUCCCCAAAGACACAGUGGCCCCAGUCUGAGGAUGAGGGGCCUCUGAAUCUCACUUUAGAUAGUGACGGGGGCAGAGAGCUGGACUGCCAGCUGUGUGGUGCCUGGUUUGAGACCCGCAAGGGCCUGUCCAGCCACGCCCGUGCCCACCUGCGCCACCUGGGCGUCAGCGACCCGGAUGCCAAGGGAUCCCCCAUAGACGUGCUCCACGGGCUCAUCAGGAGGGACGGCAUCCAGAUCCGCCUCCCACCCGGGCGGGGAGCCCUGGCCCAGCUGGGGCGUCCUCCUUCUGCCUCCACGGCCCUCUCCUUGCUCCCUCCCCCACCGCCGGCCAAGAAGGCCAAGCUGAAGGCCUCGGGUAUGGCCAUCCCCUGGGGGAAGCAGGAUCUCUCGGCCGCCGGCAUUUUCUGGGCCUCUGAUGUGGAGCCAUCUCCUCUCAACCUCUCUUCAGGUCCAGAGCCAACAAGAGACAUCCGAUGUGAGUUUUGUGGUGAGUUCUUUGAGAACCGAAAGGGCCUGUCUAGCCACGCGCGCUCCCACCUCCGCCAGAUGGGUGUGACUGAGUGGUAUGUGAACGGCUCACCCAUUGACACACUGCGGGAGAUCCUGAAGAGACGGACCCAAUCCAGGCCAGGUGGACACCUCCACCCACCAGGGCCUAGCCCAAAAGCCCUAGCCAAGGUGGUGGGUAGCGGAGGUCCUGGCAGCUCACUAGAAGCCCGCAGUCCCUCAGAUCUUCAUAUUUCACCCCUGGCCAAGAAGUUGCCACCGCCACCGGGUAGUCCCCUGGGCCACUCACCAACUGCUUCUCCUCCUCCCACGGCCCGGAAGAUGUUCUCAGGCCUUGCUACUCCUUCCUUGCCCAAGAAACUGAAACCUGAACAAAUGAGAGUGGAGAUCAAGCGGGAGAUGUUGCCAGGGGCCCUGCAUGGGGAGCCACACCCUUCUGAGGGUCCCUGGGGCACGCCUCGAGAAGAUAUGGCACCUUUGAACCUGUCAUCCAGGGCAGAGCCAGUACGUGACAUCCGUUGCGAGUUCUGUGGUGAGUUCUUCGAGAACCGCAAGGGCCUUUCCAGCCACGCUCGGUCCCACCUGCGCCAGAUGGGUGUGACUGAGUGGUCUGUCAAUGGCUCACCCAUUGACACACUUCGAGAGAUCCUGAAGAAGAAGUCCAAGCUGUGCCUCAUUAAGAAAGAGCCUCCAGCUGGAGACCUGGCUCCUGCUCUGGCUGAGGAUGGCUCCCCCACAGCAGCUCCUGGGGCUAUACAUUCCCCACUGCCUCUGUCACCCCUGGCUAGCCGGCCUGGAAAACCAGGAGCUGGGCCGGCCCAGGUUCCCCGGGAGCUCAGCCUGUCGCCCAUCACAGGGGCUAAGCCUUCAACCACCAGCUACCUGGGCCCAGUGGCAACCAAACGGCCCCUGCAGGAGGACCGCUUCCUCCCAGCAGAGGUCAAGGCCAAGACCUACAUCCAGACUGAACUGCCCUUCAAGGCAAAGACUCUCCAUGAGAAGACCUCCCACUCCUCCACCGAGGCCUGCUGUGAGCUCUGUGGCCUUUACUUUGAAAACCGCAAAGCCCUAGCCAGCCAUGCGAGGGCACACCUUCGGCAGUUCGGUGUGACAGAGUGGUGUGUCAACGGCUCUCCCAUCGAGACGCUGAGUGAGUGGAUCAAACACCGGCCCCAGAAAGUGGGUGCCUACCGAAGCUACAUCCAGGGUGGCCGCCCCUUUACCAAGAAGUUCCGCAGUGCUGGCCAUGGCCGUGACAGUGACAAACGGCCACCCCUGGGGCUGGCACCUGGGGGCCUGUCCCUGGUUGGCCGAAGUGCUGGGGGGGAACCGGGGCCUGAGGCUGGCAGGGCAGCUGACAGUGGUGAACGGCCUCUGGCAACCAGCCCACCCGGGACCGUGAAGUCAGAGGAGCACCAACGGCAAAAUAUCAACAAAUUUGAACGCAGACAAGCCCGCCCACCAGAUGCCUCUGCAGCUCGGGGUGGUGAGGAUGCCAAUGACCUGCAACAGAAGCUGGAAGAGGUGCGGCAACCCCCACCCCGGGUCCGGCCAGUCCCCUCCCUGGUGCCUCGGCCCCCCCAGACGUCACUGGUCAAGUUUGUGGGCAACAUCUAUACCCUCAAGUGCAGGUUCUGUGAAGUGGAAUUCCAGGGCCCACUCUCCAUCCAGGAAGAGUGGGUGCGACAUUUACAGCGGCACAUCCUGGAGAUGAACUUCUCCAAAGCAGACCCUCUGCCUGAGGAGCCCCAGGCCCCACAGGCACAGACAGCAGCUGUAGAGGCGCCCUAACAUACACGCAUUCCAGAUCCCCUCUUGUGCCACCUGUCACCUUCUGUUUCUCCUCUGUCCUCUUCCCAUUUCCCUCUUUCUUUUCCGUUUCCAAAGGAGCAAGCCAAAACCUCAAACCGGCGCCCUUUGGGGGCCGGGCACACUACAUCCUGGGCGCCGGGAGCCAGCGAGCCACCUUCCCUCAGCCUGAGGACUCUGGGGCCACAAGGGUACCCUCCUUGAGCCUACCUGGUUGGUCCAGCAGGGGCAGUAGCCAGGCCUUUGGUGGUGGCCAAUCUGGUUACAGGGGAGAAUAGCACUUCCCUGUGUCUAGCAACCAGGCAGGGCUAUGUCUGCCAUCCGUGGCCAUUUGCAAAGACCCCAAAGACCCCUGUUCCCUUUUGCCCCCAUGAAUAUCUAUUCUCACUCAUGCACAGGCAAACAUACACACACGCGCACCUCGUGAGACCUGGGAUCUGCCCUAGCCCCCACAGUUCCCAAGUCAAACAACCACAUCAUGCCACGGUGCUUGCUCAGGGGAAUCCACGCUCCCUCUGCUAACCUACUAGGGCUUGGGAGCCCCCACUGAGCCCACAAUGCCACGGAAAUUCUUGUUGGCUGCCCCCUCCCCCCCCAAAGGGGGCCUUCCUAGCUUGGAAGAGUUCAGAGCUGACAGCUGCCUCCUGCCAUGUCAGAGCCUCAGGGGCUCCAGGGCUGGGAGGGUAGAGUGAGGGGUGGGACUCUCCUCUCCCACCCCUGCCACCCUCCCCCUUUUCACUGUUGCUUUCUUUGUAUAGCUCCCUAGAUCUUUCACUUUUUUAAAAAAAAAAAAAAAUGCGUUUUGUGUAGAGAAUAAGGAACGUGGAUCUUUUUAUUUUCCAAUCCUGGGCCAGCUAGAUACCGGGAGCUAAUUGACCUUUUAACCUUUUUCAGUGGCCAUCUUUUGGUUAUCAAUGUACCUAGAAAUAUGUAAAUUAGAUUAAAUUUCUCUUCUGGAAACACCCCAGGGCAGGCA